AGACGUUUUGUGCGGGGUCCAUUCCUAUUCGUGUUUACCUUGUGCCGAAGGUUAUUUUUAUAAAUGAUAUGAAGUUCUCACAGAAGAUCAGUUAUCUACCUACUAUGAUAAAAGUCGUUGUUUCACGGUGAUGUGUAUUUACAAAGCUACGUUUCAGUGUAAUUAAAUUCCUCUGAUUAGAUAAUAACUAGAAGUUAGUUUGUUUUUAUUGAUUAAUAGGAUUGUAGGUAAAAAGCUCUCAAAAUGUCCAUUGUAACCGGAGUAAUGGUGUAUGAUGUAAUAGGCGUCAUCAUUGGUCUUGUUACUCUUGCUUGGCUUUAUUCUAAAUGGGCAUUGCAAUAUUGGAAGAACAAAGGAGUACCUUAUUUCGAACCAGCAGUUUUCUGGGGAAAUUUACGUCCACCUCAUAGAAGAGAACAAUCAAUUGGUGAUGAAGUUGCCGAGUUAUAUCAAAAAGCCCGAGAUAAAGGAUGGAAACAUCUUGGAUUAUUUAAUAUGGUUUCUCCAGUCUACAUGCCACUGGAUUUAGAUAUUGUAAAACUUAUUUUAACUAAAGAUUUCAAUCAUUUCGUCGAUAGGGGACUUUAUGUGAAUGAAAAAGAUGAACCAAUCAGUGCACAUCUUUUUGCAAUUGGAGGAAAGAAGUGGAGAAACCUACGGACGAAAUUUACGCCAACGUUCACUUCCGGUAAAAUGAGGGCCAUGUUCCAAACCAUAGCUGAUUGCGGAACGCAGUUAAAUAAAUAUUUAAUCGAAGAAAUAUCUCAUAAUGAGCCUAUUGACAUAAAAAAUAUUGUAGGUAAUUUUGCAACUGACGUCAUCGGUUCCUGUGCUUUUGGACUAGAAUGUAAUAGUUUCAAGGAUCCAAAUAACCCAUUCAGAAUAAAUGGAAAAAAAAUCUUUAAUAGAACUAACUUGGAAAAUUUGAAAUUUAUGAUAGCUAAUAACUUUCCAAAUUUUGGACGGCUGUUUGGUAUGAGGCUGUUAGUUAAAGAAGUUUCUGAUUUUUUCACCAAAGUUGUUACGGAUACAGUUAAUUAUAGAGAAAAGAAUAAAGUUCAUCGUAAUGAUUUUAUGCAGUUGUUGAUUGAUAUUAAGAAUAAUAAAGAAGGAGCACAAACUUCAGGUGAUGGAACUUCACUUACUAUGGACGAAAUGACCGCCCAAAGCUUCGUAUUCUUCAUUGCUGGUUUUGAAACUAGUGCAACCACAAUGAGUUUCGCUUUAUACGAACUUGGCAAAAAUCCAUCUAUCCAGGAUACACUUAGGGAUGAAAUUAAUCACGUACUUAAAAAAUAUAAUGGACAAGUUACUUACGAUGCCUUAAAUGAGAUGAAAUACAUGAGUCAAGUUAUUGAUGAGACACUAAGGAUGUAUCCACCAGUUCCAUUCGUUACAAGAGUGUGCGUCGAAGACUACGUAAUACCAGACCACGAUAUUAAAAUUAACAAAGGAGUACGGGUAUUUAUACCAAUAAAGAGUAUCCAGUAUGAUGAAGAAUAUUAUCCAUCCCCCAAAGUUUUCGACCCAGAAAGAUUUUCAGACGAGAACAAGCAUGAUAGAAAUCAGUAUGCACAUAUUCCUUUCGGCGAAGGACCAAGAAUAUGUAUAGGUAUGAGGUUUGGUAUAAUGCAAACAAAAGUAGGAUUAACGAAUAUUUUGAAAAACUACAAAGUUGGCGUAAAUAAAAAGACUAAACAACCUUUGAAGCUGGAGAUUCCUAGUUUCGUACCUCAAGUUGAAGGUGGAAUUUGGUUAGACCUGAAGAAAAUAUAAACAAAGAAACCAUGAGAGUGCAUUGUGUGUAAGAAAUUAGUGUUAGCCAUCGUAUAUUUAUUUUUAAGUUUAUAUUAAUAGAUUCGUAUAUAAGUAGAGUAAGCUAAAUAUUUAGUACGUAUAAUUCUUACAAAUUUUAAUUUUUUAGAAAGUGUAAUGUCUUGUAAGUAGUAUUAAAAUAAAUACCAUUUUAACUAACGUCAUAAUGAUACCGACAAACAAAAAAAUAUUUAUUAAAACUUUUUAAACAAAUUCGUAUAAAUAUUUUGUAUUUUUGGUGCUAAAAAUAAC